AUGCUGCGCCUCAGCUCGUACGGCGCAUCCGCCACCACCUCGCACGGCUACCCAAAGAGCCCGCUCGAAGCAGCUCGCCAUCCUCCCGCCGAGGCUUUCCCUCCUCCACCAGCCGCCAAGUCGAGCGACAUCCUCAUCAACCGCGGCCACCAGCUAAAGCGCAUCGCACGCGACACGGCCACCUUUUACCAGGGCAUCGCAGAGGCCCACAACUCGCACGCUCUCACUCUCAAGAAGCUCUCGCACCCGUCGUCGACCCCGAUCGCGACCCCGUUCCCCGAGGCGUCCCUCUUCAUCCCGCUCCCGCCCUCGUCGUCGUCCACCUCGCCCGCGUCGCCCGGCGCAGCCCAAGACGCACACGAUGCCGCCAUGUCGCUCGGCGGCAACGGCUCCGAGGGCUGGCAGCAGAUCCUCCAGGAGGCGCGCGACACCAACCUGCGCACCGCCGACGCCCACCAAGAGCUCGCAAAGCGCAUCACAAAGGACGUCGUCGGCCCGCUCUUGCGCUGCCGCGUCGACCUCAAACAGCACCUCGCCCUCAUGGAAAAGGACCUCGGCAAGCACGUCGACGCCGUCCAGCGCGAGCGCGACACGGCCGCGCCGCUCCUCGCACGCCUCUCGACCUCGCUCACCCAGUCGUCGCUCCCGCUCUCGGCGCCCUCGCUCGCCCCGCUCGAGGACCCGGUCCUCCUGCGCGCCCAGCUCGAGGCCCAGCUGCGCCUCCAGGUCGUGCGCGAGAACGACCUCCUCGCCGCCGUCAAGCUGUGGAGCGACCGCACCGAGGUCAAGGAGCGCGACACGUUCGUCGAGAUCAAGCGCUGCUGGGCCGCGUGGGAGCAAGCCAACUCGUCAAUGCUCCUCGGCAACCAGCAGCAGUCGAUGUUCCUGUCGGCCACGGUCGACUCGGUCCCGCCCGACGCCGAGUGGCACCACUUCCUGCGCCUGAACCACCUCGUCCUCCCCGACACGCGCCCAAAGACGCUCGACGACGUCGUGUGGAACGGCAAGGGCGACGUGCUCACGACCGUCGUCCGCGAGGGCCUCCUCGAGCGCCAGACGAGCAUCCUCAAGAGCUGGAAGCCCGCCUACUUCAUCUUGACGCCGUCGGGCCACCUGCACAUCUACGGCCCCCCGCCGGCGACCGUCACCGCCGCAGCGACCGCUCCCGCCUCGUCCACCUCGAGCUCGACGGACGCCACCGCCGCCGAGGACGACACCGACUCGGCCUCGCUCUCGUCCGACCAGGCGUCGCCGUCCGCCAAUCCGAGCACGGCGAGCUACCCGCCGUUGACGCCCUCGGCGCAGCACCUCCUCCUCCACUCGUCGCCGCACCUGUCGCUCAACCUCGCCCUGUGCACGCUCGGGCCCAUGCCGACGCCUGCGCCCGCUCCUUCGCCCAACCCGGACGCCGACCCGGCCGCGGCGGCCAAGGCGGCCAAGAAGAAGCAGCCGCUCGACGCCGUCUUCACGUUGAUCGAGACGUUGGGCAAGGGGGGCAAGGGCGAGGGGAGCGGCGCGAGGCACGUCGUGAGGUGCAAGGGCGUCGAUGGCGGGUGGGAGGAGAUGGGUGGCUGGGUCGCCAGCAUCGGCAAGUUCUGCGCUCCGCCAACCGCACCCCCUCCUCCUGCGUCGCCCCCGACGCCGACUGCUCCCGUCGUCGCGACCCUCCCCGACGACGACAAGAAGCUCGCCGCCGACGCGGCCGCCCGCUCGCCGGCGCACACGCCCCUCGCGACGCCGAGGAGCCUCCCGCCGCCUUUCGCGCCCGCCGCCGGUGCAGGUCUCGCAGCAGGCGCAGCGGGCGCCUCGGCCCUGUCGGCCGCCGGCCCUCCUGCCCUCCCAGACCGCCCUCCCUCGGCCACCUCCUUCUUCUCCUCGUCGGCCGCCGAGCCACCCGCGCUCCCUCCGCGCGACGCCGCCGUCGCCGCGCCCGGGCUCCCCUCGUUCGACUCGUUCAACUCGCUCGACUCGCCCGGCCUCGACUCGGAGCAGCAGCGCAACUCGGUCCUCGUCAUCGACGAUGACUACGACAUGAGCCGCGCCAUGGGCGCGCUCGGUGUCGGCGCCGCCGUCGGCGCGGCGGUUGCCGGCGGCGGGGCGGCGGUCGUAGGCGCGACAGGCGAGAGGAUGGACGGUGACGAGGAGCGCGAGCGCGAGGAGGAGCAGGGUCCGCCGCCGCCCGAGAAGGGCGCCGUCUCGCCGUCGUCGCCCCGUCACGAUCACGCCGACGACGACGACGGUGACGCGCACAGCGCGUACGGCGACGACGGCGCGAGCGACGCGGGCGACCUUGGCCGCUCGCUGUCGCAGUCGAGCCUGCACCGCGCCGCCGAGCGCAAGGAGCGCCCGAUCAGCCCGCGCCAGGGCAGCGUGCGCAGCUUGGCCCAAGCGUGGGAGCAGCAGGGCUCGGGCUCGUCGGGUGCGCAGGAGCACAAGCCGGCGGCGGUCGAGGAGGACGCGGCCGAGGCCGAGCAGCCGCUCGCGCAGGCGCAGGCGCAGCAGCUCGACGUGCCCGCGCAGGGCGACGGCGACGAGCUCGACGGCGCGAGCGACAUGGGCGACACGAGCUUUGGCGACGACGUCGAGGCCGGGCACGGGCAGGACGAGGCGGCGCUCGAGGGCGACAAGCCGGCCAAGGCGGGCAAGAAGGGCAAGAAGAAGCGCAAGAGCAAGGCGGCCGGCUCGGCAAAGCCGACUGAGCGCCCGCUCCCUCUCCCUUCCGUCGACCCCGAGCACACCGACCUCGGCCUACCCUCGCCGCACUCGCCCUCGUUCGCCGACGCGCAGCCGCUCGCGCACGACGAGGCCAACCUGCACGCCGACGGCGACGGCGUGUCGAGCCCGCCACCGAUGGUGCUCGAGGAGGUGGACGAGGCGCCGAGCCGGCGCUCGAGCGAGGAGCGCGAGCGCGCGCUCGAGUACGAGGGCGAGAACAAGGGCGAGAAGGAGGGCGAGCACGAGGGCGAGGGCAAGAAGGAGGGCGAGGGGGCCUGAGCGGGUCGAGGGGUUUCGCCGCCCUCUCCGGCAGAGGGCGCGGUGCGUGCGUGUCGUCUGUAGAGCUCGCCCUAGACGUGAGCUCGAAGCAUCUGUAACCCUGGCUCGUUGGUCAUCGUU